AGGCACCGCCUAGACAGCCGCAGCCGGCUGGAGGGGUCCUUUUUCCACCGGGCUGUGGAGGAUUAGCUGCCAACAUGCCGACUGUCGGAGUGAAAAGGGAUCUUCUCUUCAAAGCUUUGGGCAAAACAUACACCGAUGAGGAGUUUGAUGAGCUGUGCUUUGAGUUUGGACUGGAGCUGGAUGAAAUUACCUCAGAGAAGGAGAUAUUAACCCGAGAGCAGGGUGACUCCAAGGCAUCUGGAGCUUCUGACAUCAUCCUGUACAAGAUCGAUGUGCCAGCUAACCGCUAUGACCUUCUGUGUCUGGAGGGGCUGGUCCGUGGUCUGCAGGUCUUCAAGAACAAGUUGGAGGCACCUCGCUACAGACGUGUCAGCCCAGUCAGCGGAGAGCGUCAGAAGCUGAUCAUCACUAAAGAGACAACAGAAGUGAGACCCCAUGCUGUGGCAGCAGUGUUGAGGAACAUCACCUUCACUCAGGAACGCUACGACAGCUUCAUUGAGCUGCAGGAUAAACUCCAUCAGAACAUCUGCAGGAAGAGGAGCCUGGUGGCGAUUGGGACUCAUGACCUGGACACCAUCUCUGGUCCUUUCACAUACACAGCCAAAGCCCCUGGAGACAUCUGCUUCAAACCUCUCAACCAGACCAAAGAGUUCACGGCCACUCAGCUCAUGAGCCUCUACAAGACAGACAGCCACUUGAGACAUUACCUUCACAUUAUUGAAGACAAGCCUGCGUACCCUGUGAUCUACGACAGCAACGGCAUCGUCCUUUCCAUGCCUCCCAUCAUCAAUGGGGAACAUUCAAAAAUCAGCAUAAAGACAAAGAACGUCUUCAUCGAGUGCACAGCCACAGAUGUGACCAAGGCAAAGAUUGUCUUGGACAUGAUGGUGACCAUGUUCAGCGAGUAUUGUUCACAGCCUUUCACGGUAGAGGAGGCUGAGGUGGUCUACCCAGAUGGCAAGACCUGCAUAUACCCAGAGCUGGCGUACAGGAAGGAGAAGUUGUCCAGCGAGUUCAUCAACUGCAAAGUUGGCAUCAAUGAGUCAACUGAGAAAAUCGCCCAGCUGCUGACCAAGAUGUGCCUUCGCUCUGAGGCUACAGGUGUUGGUGAUGAGAUAGAGGUCGAGAUCCCACCCACACGCUCGGAUGUCAUCCAUGCCUGUGAUAUCAUGGAAGAUGCUGCAAUCGCCUUCGGUUUCAACAACAUCCCCCGCACCACACCACGCACCUACACAGUAGCCAACCAGUUCCCACUGAAUAAACUGACAGAACUGUUGAGACAAGACCUGGCAGCUGCUGGAUUCACUGAAGCCCUCAACUUUGCCCUGUGUUCUCAAGAAGAUAUAGCAGACAAGCUGAGUAAGAAGAUUUCAGAAAUCAAGGCUGUGCACAUCUCCAACCCCAAGACAGCAGAGUUCCAGGUGGCGCGCACCACCCUGCUUCCAGGGCUUCUGAAAACCAUUUCUGCCAACAGGAAGAUGCCCCUUCCCCUCAAACUGUUUGAGAUAUCUGAUGUGGUCAUGAAGGAUGAAAAGAAAGAUGUUGGAGCGAGAAACAGCCGGCGUUUCUGUGCUGUUUACUACAACAAGAGCCCGGGCUUCGAAGUGAUCCACGGCCUGCUAGACCGAACCAUGCAGCUGCUGGAGGUGAAGCCUGCCCGCGACGAUGGCUACCACAUCCAGGCUGCAGACGAUUCCACUUUUUUCCCCGGGCGCUGUGCAGAGAUCUUUGUCCGUGGAAAGAGCGUCGGCCGCCUCGGAGUUCUCCACCCGGACGUCAUCAACCGCUUCGAGCUGACCAUGCCCUGCUCUGCCCUGGAGAUGGACGUCGAGCCCUUCCUUGGCCUCACUGCCGAAACCCUCCUCACUCACGACGUCCCCAUGCAGGAAGUCAUCAAGCACAAGUUCCCCACGCAAAAUGAUUCCCGACAGGCGCCGGCUUCCUGCCCAACAUCUACAAAAACUGUGUUUGGUGACAUGAGCACGCCAGCUGGUCUUAAAGCUCUUGAUGUUUUUCUAACGGACAAAAGCUACAUGGAAGGAUUUUCAGCAUCUCAAGCCGACUUUGCGAUGUUUGACGCCAUCUCUUCUGCUCCCUCACCGAGCCUCUGCCACCUCCUGCGCUGGUACAAACACAUCCAGUCCUUCCGGAGAGAGAGAGCUAGCCUCCCGUCAGCAGAGUGUCAGUUUUUCCUCCCAGCCGCAGCCUCGACAAACGCCCCUGGUGACGAAGAUGACGACGACGACGAUGACAUCGAUCUGUUUGGCUCGGACGACGAGGCAGACAGCGCAGAGGCGGAGAGAAUCAAGGAGCAGCGGCUCGCAGAGUACGCUGCCAAGAAGUCCAAGAAGCCAGCUCUAGUUGCCAAGUCCUCCAUCCUGCUUGACGUCAAACCCUGGGACGACGAGACGGACAUGGCCAAGCUGGAGGAGUGCGUCCGCAGCGUCAGCGUGGACGGACUGCUUUGGGGGCAGUCCAAGCUGGUCCCGGUGGGCUACGGCAUCAAGAAGCUCCAGAUAGGAUGCGUAGUGGAGGAUGACAAAGUGGGUACGGAUCUGCUGGAGGAAGCCAUUACCGCUUUUGAGGACUAUGUUCAGUCUGUGGACGUGGCUGCUUUCAACAAGAUCUGAGUCGUGCACAGAAUAGAUUCACUGAGUGGUUCCAUCUGAUGUUUUCUGGUCUGGCUUGAGACAGAGCUGAUUCUGUAUGAAACACAAUGUUCAGUUACCAAAACUCAGGUCCUACAUUUAAAACAAGUAUUGAUCCUUGGUACAAAAGAUUCUUGCCUUAAAACAUCGAAUAAAACCAUUCUAACAUUUAA